AUGAGCGCCAGCGUGGGUGGUGGCGGCGGGGACAGCGGUAGCAGCAGCAGUUCACAGGCCUCCUGUGGGCCUGAGUCCUCCGGCUCGGAGUUGGCCCCGGCUGCGCCAGUGCCACGGAUGCUGCAGGGGCUUCUGGGCUCCGAUGACGAGGAGCAGGAAGACCCCAAGGACUACUGCAAGGGUGGCUACUACCCAGUGAAGAUUGGUGACCUGUUCAAUGGGAGGUACCACGUGGUGCGCAAGCUGGGCUGGGGCCACUUCUCCACCGUCUGGCUUUGCUGGGACAUUCAGCGCAAGCGGUUUGUGGCCCUGAAAGUGGUGAAGAGCGCGGGGCAUUACACGGAGACAGCUGUGGAUGAGAUCAAACUCCUGAAAUGUGUGCGGGACAGUGACCCCAGUGACCCCAAAAGAGAAACUAUCGUCCAGCUUAUUGAUGACUUCAGGAUCUCUGGGGUUAAUGGUGUCCAUGUGUGCAUGGUGCUAGAAGUCCUGGGACAUCAGCUUCUCAAAUGGAUCAUCAAGUCCAACUAUCAGGGCCUGCCUGUACCCUGCGUGAAGAGCAUCGUGAGGCAGGUGCUGCAUGGCCUGGACUACCUUCACACCAAGUGCAAGAUCAUCCACACAGACAUCAAGCCUGAAAACAUCCUGCUGUGUGUGGGGGACGCGUACAUCAGGCGCCUGGCUGCCGAGGCCACUGAGUGGCAGCAGUCAGGGGGCUUGCCCCCAUCUCGCUCCACAGUCAGCACUGCCCCCCAGGAGAUCUUGCAGAUCGGAAAGCUGCCCAAGAACAAGAGAAAGAAGCUCCGACGCAAACGGAAGCAGCAGAAGCGGCUGCUGGAGGAGCGACUGCGGGACCUGCAGAAGCUGGACGCCAUGGAGGGUGAGGGCUUGGCAGGGGACACCAACUCGAGACUAGAGGGCGGCAGCGGCUCCACCUCUUCUUCUGGGUGCCACCCCGGGGGGGCCGGGACAGGCCCCUCGCCAGCCUCCUCGUCGCCAGCCCCAGGCGGGGCACGCAGCCUCAGCCCCAGCUCACAGACCUCCGGCUUCUCUGGCUCUCUCUUCUCUGCUGCCUCGAGCUCUGUCCUCUCAGGGUCAUCCAACCAGCGGGAGACAGGGGGCCUCCUUUCACCUAGCAUGCCCUUUGGUGCUUCAAGCCUCCUGGUGAACCCCCUGGAGCCACAAAAUGCAGACAAGAUCAAGAUCAAAAUCGCAGAUCUGGGCAACGCCUGCUGGGUGCACAAGCAUUUCACAGAGGACAUCCAGACUCGCCAGUACCGGGCUGUGGAGGUCCUGAUCGGCGCCGAAUAUGGGCCCCCAGCCGAUAUCUGGAGCACAGCCUGCAUGGCCUUUGAGCUGGCCACUGGCGACUACCUGUUCGAACCCCACUCUGGAGAAGACUACAGCCGGGAUGAGGACCACAUCGCUCACAUUGUGGAGCUCCUGGGAGACAUCCCCCCAGUGUUCGCCCUCUCAGGCCGGUAUUCCCGAGAGUUCUUCAACCGGAGAGGAGAGCUUCGGCACAUCCACAACCUCCGGCACUGGGGCCUGUACGAGGUGCUGAUGGAGAAGUACGAGUGGCCCUUAGAGCAGGCUACCCAGUUCAGCGCCUUUCUACUGCCUAUGAUGGAGUACCUCCCGGAGAAGCGGGCCAGCGCCGCCGACUGUCUGCAACACCCCUGGCUCAACCCCUAG